ACUUUCAGUUUCAAUACAGCUACCGUCUUAACUUUUAGAGUAGCAGUAUUGAGUUUCCGAACAUUGAAGAUACUAUAAAAUGGAAAUUCUAACAGCUAUUUUGUGCACAGUUGUGCUAUUUUCGUUCUAUUAUUACUUGAAAUGGAACUACUCCUACUGGAACAGAAUUGGGUUAGAUUGCCUAGAACCACAUUACAUUUUUGGAAAUACUAUAAGUUUGUGCAAAGGCGUAUCAACAAGUGAAACCUUCGUUAAAUUAUACAAGGAAAUGAAGUCUAAGGGUUACAAACAUGCUGGCUGUUAUUUUUUUUUGAAGCCAUUUUAUAUGCCUGUUGAUUUGCAGUUUGUGAAAAACGUUAUUCAGACUGAUUAUGAAUAUUUUUUGAACCACGGCAUUUAUCACGAUGAAGAAUCAGAACCUAUUACUGCCCAUCUCUUUAGUUUGGAAAAUGAAAAAUGGAGAACGUUAAGGAAAAAGUUAUCACCGACUUUUACUUCAGGAAAAAUUAAAAUGAUGUAUCCUACUCUGUUUGCCUCUUCGUCUGGAUUGAAAGAAUUACUGGAACAACAUGCGGAAAGUGCAGAUGCUGUGAAUAUCAAAAAAGUCCUUCUGAGAUUUUCAAUCGACGUAAUUGUUUCCGUUGCAUUCGGAUUAAAUUGUAAUUCAUUGAAAGAAAAAGAUUCUAAAUUCGUAGAAAUCGCCGUGAAGAUGUUUGAUUCUGUUCCUCUUUGGGAACGUUGUAAAGAAGCUGCUAUUUUUCUCUUUCCCAAAAAACUAUUGAAGGCAAUUUCGUUCAAGUUCAUGCAUAAAGAUGUCGAAGAUUUCUUUUUCAAUUUGGUAGGAGACACUAUAAAAUAUCGAGAAGAAAACAAUGUUUAUAGGAAAGAUUUUAUGCAUUUGUUGUUACAAUUGAAGAAUAGAGGAAGAGUAGCCGAUGACGCAUUUAUUACUCGUCAAGAAACCGAUAAAGGAGAAGACUUUAUCACCUUUAACGAAUUAGUAGCACAGUGCUUCGUGUUUUUUGUAGCGGGCUUCGAGACAUCCGCAACAACGUUGUCUUUCGCACUUCUCCAGUUAGCUUUAAAUAAAGACGUUCAAGAUAAAUUGAGAGAUGAAAUUCUCACUAUCAAAGAAAAAUAUGAUGGGGAUCUUUGUUACGACGCAAUUUUAGAAAUGACUUACUUAGAGAAAGUCGUUUAUGAAACUCUUCGUAAGCACCCGCCAGCUCCGCUUCUUCCAAGAGUUUGCAAUAAAGAUUAUAAAGUUCCAAACACAGAGGUUAUUAUACGCGAGGGUACUAGAGUUGUUAUUCCUGUUAUUGCCAUUCAAAAUGACCCGGAUAUUUAUCCGGAUCCCGAAAAGUUUGAUCCAGAAAGAUUUAGUGAAGAAAAUAAAGCAAACAGGCCAUCUGUGGCAUAUUUGCCAUUUGGAGAAGGUCCAAGAUAUUGCAUAGGAUCCAGAUUUGGUUUAUUAGAAGUCAAAGUUGCUUUAGCUGUGAUUUUAAGUAAUUUCAAUAUAGAACUGGAUUCUAAGACAAAGAUUCCUAUUCAAUAUGCUUACACUAAUGGUUUCGUUUUGGAAGUUGAUGGUGGAAUUUGGUUAAAGAUUUCAAAGUUAAUUUGAAAUAAAUACAAUUUUUUUUAA